GCAGCAGCCGCACUCGCGUGAUUCCACAAACAGGCGUCACGCGCGUUAUCCGCUUAAUUUACAUACAUAACACCGCCCAGGGGGACGAACAUGAUAAUCUAUCGACUGAAACCCAGCCGUGCGGAGGGGAGAAUAACACAACCGAGAAAAAGUUUCACCGGGAGAACGCUGUUUUAAACCAAACCAAGUGUUUCGACAGAGGCGGAACAACGUUUGUCGGGCUCUUUGCCCCACUUUUGGAUAUGGACGCUUUGAAAUCCGCCGGAAGGGCAAUUAUCCGGAGCCCUAGUAUCGCCAAACAGUCGUGGGGUGCGGGCAGACAUAAAAAGCUUCCAGAGAACUGGACAGACACGAGGGAGACCCUGUUGGAGGGCAUGGUUUUUCACCUCAAGUACCUGGGAGUCACGAUGGUUGAGCAGCCCAAAGGAGAGGAACUAUCUGCGGCAGCUGUCAAGAGGAUAGUUGCCACUGCCAAAGCCAGUGGAAAAAAACUUCAGAAGGUUACAUUAACGGUCUCCCCACGAGGUAUUAUCCUUUACGACAGUGCCUCCAACCAGCUGAUAGAAAACAUCUCCAUAUACAGAAUAUCCUAUUGCACAGCGGACAAGAUGCACGACAAAGUGUUUGCCUACAUUGUCCAAAAUCAACACAGCGAGGCCCUAGAGUGUCAUGCCUUCCUCUGCACUAAAAGAAAAAUGGCCCAGGCAGUAACCCUAACAGUGGCUCAGGCUUUCAGAGUGGCCUUUGAAUUCUGGCAGGCUGCCAAGGAAGAGAAAGAGAAGAGAGUGAAGUCGGGUUCAGAGGGAGAAGGAGCCAGCAAUUCCCAGUCGGACAGCUCGGCCAGCCUGGGCAGCCUAAAGGGAGGAGCAGUAGCCACAGGAGAACUUCUGAACUUGGCCGAUGGAGCCAAUGUGGCGCUGGUCCACUCAGGGACAAAACAAACUGAAUCGGAUCCCUUUACAGCGCAUAAUCAUUCAACAGAGAACAACAAUACUGUAUGGGAGUUGGAAGACGGUCUGGAUGAAGCUUUCUCGAGCCACAGUCUGGAUAGCUUUGAAUCCUACUCAGACUCGCUGAGUCUCGCACUAACCCCCAGGUCCUGGACAUUGGGGUAAACCCUCAGGAUCUCAACACUGAAGAGUGCCUGUCCCCAGGCAAAUGGGACCAAGAGGAGAUGGACUUCACUCCACAAAAAGACGCGUUUGGGUCCUAAAGUGAAGCCUGUGCCAAGCAGGACGAACCAGGCAAUCACAAUGAGGAGAAAAGGUGGUCAAAUAUGGUUGGAAACUGGAGAGGUGGCACAAAAAAGACUUAUGUGAAACCAGACUUCUGCUGCCACGACCUGACACUGGUGAAGUUCAGUGGCCCUCUGAUGCUUUAGCGUCUUCAGAACCAGAUGAAGCAACAUGAGAAGGCUGUUUACAGAACAGGCUAAAGCAAUAUAGAUCAAUUUAUCCCAUUUUCUAUGGCUAAACAUGCAUUUAAGGUUUGUUGCUGUCUGUUCAUUACUUCCUUUGUGGUGUCUGUUUACCCAUUCAUUGUAAUGUGUUUGUGGUAUGUGUGUGUGUGUGUAAGGUGGGACAUAAGAGCCGUUACAUAUUUUAUUUAGUACAACUGGAUCAGAGGGGAAACUUACUGCCAGCAUUUGGCAGGACUACAAAUGUAAAGUACAGAUGUGCUUCAGGUUUUCAUUGAACAAAAAAUGUAUGUGUUGGUCAAAGAGUUUGUGUAAAAAAUGUAUACAAACAAAACAAUAUUUUUUAAAUAUACAAAAUUUAUUUUUGCACCAGUAUUCAUCCAUCUUUAAAAGCACACAUUUCACAUAAGCAGUUUUAAUGUAAUAAAGCGUUACUCAUUCUUUAGUAGGGCUGUGCAGUGCUUGUUCGCACUCUUCCCCUUGGACAUUUUCAUGUUUUGUUAUUUAACAACUUUGGAUCAGGACGAAUUCUUUAUUCAGCUUUACCUAGACUUCAACAGGCCUGGAUGAGAGCAGAUGUUUAUCCAAAGUAUUUUAUUUAACUUCAAAAGUGCAGACUUGUGUUUGAUUUGUACUAAAGUUUCAGUUAUGCAAUUCACAGUUGAAUAAACAAAACAAGUGCAAGGUUUUGUAUGUGUUGUAACUUGGCAUCUCAUGACUUGUUGAAAUACACACUGACUUUGAUAAAUUAGCAUUUUUAUCUGGGGAUGUGUUUUGCUUUGCACAUGUUAUAUUAUGUGUGAUUUAAUUUAAUUCUUUACAUGAAUUUUAAUAAAAGUGAAAAUGUGAUUAUUUUAAA